UAUCCUCGCUGGGCACUCUACCGCCACACUGCCGCUCUUCUGCGCAUGUCACUGUAGAAAUGGAAGGCUCACGUUUCCUGAGUGUGUCGGACUUCGAGGAGUACGCGAGAGGGAGGCAUGGUCAGGCGGAGGCUUACUUCAACUCUGGGAGUUUCCUGGAUCAGACACUCAAGGACAAUGUGUCAGCGUAUUCAAGAUACCGGUUCCGACCGCGGGUGUUGAGGGAUGUAUCCCAGAGAGACAUGUCCACUACAGUGCUGGGCAGUCCGGUUAGUUGUCCAGUGGGCGUGGCACCAAUGGGCACGUGCUGUUUGGCUCAUCCGGAUGGGGAGAUGGGAAUAGCUAAAGCAUGUGAGCGACUCCAGCUACCCUUUGGUCUGUCCACCGUCUCUACCGUCAGCAUCGAGAACAUCGCAGCCGGAGCUCCUCACAGCGUCAGGUGGUUCCAACUCUACAUAUUCAAAGAGCGUCGACUGACAGAAACGCUGGUGCGGAGAGCUGAGGCGGCUGGGUUCUCUGCCCUUGUUUUGACGGUUGAUACACCGGUCGCCGGAAGGCGACUAGCUACCAUGAAAGAAGGAUUCAAAUUUCCUGAUCAUCUCAGAUUACCGAACAUCGACGCUUCUGACGGUAUAUUCGAAUCUCUGAGAACGGAGGCAGCCAAUGUGCCAUAUUUGGAAAUUAUUGGGAGGCAGAUGGACCCGUCUAUCACGUGGAAUGAUGUCAAAUGGCUCCUAAAAUUCACUCGAUUGCCUGUUAUUGUAAAGGGUGUUCUAACUGCUGAAGAUUCGAGAGAGGCGGUAUCUCAGGGAGUGUCGGCUAUCUGGGUGUCAAAUCACGGCGGGCGACAGUUAGACGGUGUACCGGCGUCGUUAGACGUCCUCGCCGAGGUCGUGGACGCUGUCGGCGAUCGUUGUGAGGUGUACUUGGACGGCGGGGUCAGAAGCGGAUAUGACGUCAUCAAGGCAAUAGCUAUCGGAGCCAGGGCUGUGUUCAUCGGCAGGCCCGCAUUGUGGGGACUCGUGCACAAGGGUACAGAGGGCGUUGUUAAUCUCCUACAGCUGGUAAAGGAUGAAGUGGAUAACGCCAUGGCGCUUCUUGGCGUAACAACCAUCAGCGAAGUGCAUCGAGGUCACGUGGUACACGAGUCCUUCCUUCCGAAGCUGUGAUCUUUUCCAGUGUGUGUGUGCGCGUGCGUACAUGCGUGGAACUGUCUGUCUGUCUGUGUGUGUGUGUGUGUGUGUGCGUGUGCGUGUGCGUAUGCGUACACGUGUGUAUACGUGGAACUCUGUGUGUGUGUGUGUGUGUGUGUGUGUGUUACUCAGAGGAAUACGAGUACAAUGUAUGUACGUAUUAAUCAGACGGUAAUGCCAACAUAUUCAAAUAUAUUUGGCACGAGGAUUCGUGUGACAGACAGCAGACCUCGGUGGUGAGUUACGUCCCUUUGUAGAGUACGGUCGGUGGGAUCCAGAUCCUGAGAUUAUUCAUAAUAUAAUUCAUGUUCAUAUUCAAAUAUUUGCGCUCCAUAAACAAACAAUAAACUAUUCGUGCAAUA